AUGGCGCCUUCAAGCCUGCACCGUCGGUGCAGGCUCAGAAUAAGCCGGGGCUCCCACGGCUUUUCUGAAUAUACGCGUUCCGGAAAGCUGAAGGGCAAAAAUGCCCUAAUUACUGGCGGAGAUUCUAAGAUUGGACGAUCAGUUGCUAUUCUGAUGGCCAGAGAGGGUGCGGAUGUUACUAUCGUUUAUUUGCCCUCGGAACAGCCAGACACAGAGGCAACUAAAAAAUCUGUUGAGCAAGAGAAGCGGACUUGCCUUCUUAUCCCAGCCUAUUUGAGAGAUCACAACUUCCUAGAGUACCUCUACAGAUACGACACGGUUGAUAUACUUGUCAAUAAUGCGUCGAAACAGUGCCUAUGUACGAAAUUUGAGGACGUCGAUCUGGAUAAGACUGAAGACAUCUUCAGAACCAAUAUCGUCCAGAUGAUCGCGAUGGCGAAGUUUGCUCUUCCUCAUAUGACACGAGGAGAUUCGUAG